AUGGUAGAAAAGCAUCCAUCAUGGCUUCUGCUGUUGCUUUUCCUCCUUGAUAUUUUCCAUUCGAACGAAGGUUUUUCCACGCGUCCUCUGAUUCAUCCUCAGCAUUGUCACGAUCAUCAGCUCUCAGUGGAAGGAGGAACAAGAACAAACACUCUACGUGUAUGGGGCACUCCCGUCGACACGGAUGUUACCUUGGUCUCUGUGGGAGAGGAGGUUGGAGCUGGAUCUUACGGAAAAGUCCACUUGUGUACAACGCCAACUACUGGCAAUGACAAGGGCGAGCAAUUUAUUGGCAAGCGCCCCUUGACACUAGAAGAAGUCCAAGCCAACAAGGUGUCGGCAUCAAGCACUGAUAAGGAGUUGAAAGAGAAAACCCAACGCUGCCAACACUACUGGGAUGUGGAGAAGCACUGCUUUUCCAAAUUGGGCCAUCAUCCACAAUUGCCAAAACUGGUGGAAGGGUCCUUUCGAGACGACCAAAAUCGACCCUGGAUGCUGUUUCCAGUCAUUGGUGAUGGCAACCAAAAGCCAGCUCCCUCCUUGACGGAUCUCAUGGAACUCGAUCACGAAAAGCAACACGACAAGACACAUCCACACCAUUUGUACCAUUUGCAACAGGCGUUGGGGUUGCCAACGGAAGCAAGUCUGGGAGAAACGCUCGACGCCUUUUUCCAAUCCCUCUUGCAAGUCUUGUCGUAUGUGCAUGCCCGACGAGUGGUCCACAGAGACGUCAAACCUGGCAACCUCUUAAUUGCCAACGAAAAGGUCUAUCUGAUUGAUUUUGGAUCCGCCGCCGAUUUGGAAAAAUCUCGUGGCAGUGGCAUGUUUGCCGCCAAUCGCUACGUUGGAUUGGAAGAUGACAGUGUCGUGGCCAUUUCUCCCAUUUACGCCGCUCCGGAACUAUUUGUCGACCGGAUCAAUAAACCGGAAAACUUUGAUGUCUUUUCGGCGGCGCUCAUUUACUGUCAGCUCUUGUUCAACUUUUUGGACGAACGGACCGACGCAGGGUUCCAUCAACAAUUGGCGUCCACAGAGUGGAAUUUGGAUCUCUGGCUGCAACAAGAACUCGCCAGUAAGGUACGACCGAAAGGAUUGGAAGAAGCAUUGAUCGUCGUUUCGGAAAGACCCGGAUUGUGGCGGUUGUUGCAAGAAAUGUUCAAGGCCAAACCAUGGGAUCGGGUCGAGUCCCAACAUGCCUUGGAACAGUUUCAACAAAUUCUAAAGGGUGACGAUGACAGCCGCAUCAAAGAGGAUGGUCCAUAUCUACUCUCCGUGCUGGAAUCAUUGGAACUGUGUGAUGUGUCGAGCAUGCUUGAAAACGACAGUUCGGACAUGGGAGCAGGAGAGACAGCAGCAUCAACAAUCAGUCGCCCACUCCAUUUUGUGGCCACAUUCAAACGCAAUACACCACUGGGUCUCAUCUUGGCAGAAGCCAAUAGUGAUGAUAAUGAGGACGACGACGAAAUGACUCCAGAAGAAAAGCGUCAAUGGGAGGAAGCAACGCAGAAUGCCCCGCCAGGACAGGUCUUUGUCAAAGGAAUGGUCUCCGAAGGACAAGCCGCCGAUUUGGGUAUCUUUGAAAUUGGUGAUCAGUUGCAAGGAGUAGGAGAGCUGCCCGUGGGCGGACGAGGAUUUGAAAAGGUUCUCGAAUUGCUGGGGACGCAGCCUCCGUCUUCCAAAUAUGUUACCUUGCACUUUGAUCGCAAGAAAACAUCGCUUCGAUCCGAUAAUGAUGGCGACACUUCUACACUUGCGUCUUCGUUUGAGAGUCCCAUAUUCCCCCUCGAUAGUGGCGCUUGGUCGGCCAAGGGACGUCGACAGUCGCAAGAGGACAGAUUCGUCCUGCAUGAAAUACAAGAUACAACGCGUAGAUCUGUUUUGGUCGCUGGCGUUUUUGAUGGUCACGGAGGAACCGCUGCUUCAAAACUAGCGGCAGAGGAAAUGCCAGAACUCGUCUCGGACGAGCUCUUUCGACACAAGAACAGUCCAGUCGGAACCGUAUUGGAGAACUCAUGGAGGACCAUUGCGUUGGACUAUCAGCAGUCAUGCCUCUCAGAAACAGCUUGUAUAGCUGACUAUGAUGCUCGAGAGGGAACUCUAGACGCAAACACUGGAGCGGAUGACCUCGUGGCUGGUACGACAGCUACUGUGGCCGCCUUGGAUGAAAGCAAUGGGAACAUCUCCAUCCUGAACUGUGGAGAUUCUCGAACACUGCUUGUGAAUAUGGAAGGCAAGGUAACCUUUCAGACUGAGGAUCAUACUCCCGAAGCAGAAACGGGACGUCUCACGGCGGGAAAAGAACAAGGUCUUGACUACAGCAUUCCAGAAUGCUCGGUCUCGCGAUGGUGGUUGAGCGUGGGCGACUACCAGUAUGCCGUAGGGCGGUCCCUGGAAGGUCCAUUUGCAACUUCCAAAGGUAUCACUAGCGAGCCUGACGUGACAAAGCUCCAAGCGGAGCCCGGCUCAUCGAUUGUUUGCGCUACCGAUGGGAUUUGGGAAGUGAUGGAUUCAAAGGAAGUGGCGCGUGUCGUGACGGCUGUGCGAUCGAGGGGUACAAGUGCCGGUGAUGCAGCAAAGACGCUUUGCUCUAUGGCCAUCGAAAAAGGAUCAUCGGACAAUGUUAGCGCGGUGAUCGUGUACCUCGAAUGA